GUUCAGUAUCCCCGGGUAUUAUGUGUAGUAGUGUGAUUUGGAUAUGACCCGAUAUGACCACAUCUGAUAAAAACUAUUGGAAAUUGAAACAGUAAAGAGAAAGGAGAAAUUAUGAAUAUCGAUUCAGAGGAACAUGAGGAUCUUCUGGAAUUUAGAAAACAAGAAUCUAGUAAUUUUUUGUGGAUAUCUAAACCAUGGGCACCUCAAGUUGCUUUUGACCAAGGUUCAAGCAAACCUACACCAAACUCACACAAGAAAGCAGUGUUACAUUGUCCCAGGAUACAGGAAUUAUUAACUGAAUUGAGUACAAAGCAAAAUAUACCAAAAUCUCAAUUGGAAAACCAAGUGAAAAAAAUAUUGGAUGAAAUAGGCUAUGAUAGAAAACUGAAACUGAUAAGAUGGUUGGGUUUAGUAUUAACAAAAAUCUGUCUCAAGGUCCUGUCAGGUAUUUAUGUCAAUCCAGCCAAACUGGAACAGAUCAAAUCUGCUAUGGGAAAAUGCCCUGUAGUCUUUGUACCCAGUCACAGAAGCUAUGGAGACUUCAUUUUGAUGUCAUAUCUCAAUUUCACCUAUGAUAUAGAGAUUCCUGCAAUAGCAGCUGGAAUGGAUUUUUAUGGUAUGUGGGGUAUGGGAAGCCUGCUGAGAGACACAGGGGCAUUUUUUAUGAGGAGAUCAUACAACAACGACAGUCUAUAUUGGGAGACUUUCAGGGAAUACGUGUCACAGAUAGUCAGAAAUGGAGACUUGCCACUCGAGUUUUUCAUCGAAGGCACUAGAAGUAGGAGUAACAAGUCUCUAUCGCCAAAAUUUGGUCUCCUGAACAUGAUUCUCAAGUCAUUGUUCCUAGCACAAGUACCUGAUAUUUUAUUCGUUCCCAUUGGGAUAAGCUACGACAGAAUACUGGAAGAGAGUUUGUUUGCAUAUGAGUUACUGGGUGUUCCGAAACCAAAAGAGACCACUUCCGGUCUGUUCAAGUCACUGAAACUCAUUAAAGAAAAAUACGGAGACAUCUACAUCCACCUGGACGAGCCCAUAUCUGCAAAACGAUUUUUCGGAGACAAGCUCGAUAGGAGCGUGCACAGUUUGGGCUCCGUUCAUAACCAAGAAAUAACAGAAGAUGAAAAAAAAUUGCUGCCCCCCCUUGCAGAUGAGAUUCUGCAUAGGCAACAGCGCAGCAUUGUACUGAUGACUUUCAAUCUGAUGGCACUCGUUCUUAAUGAUAAUUUCGCCGGCCAAAGACCUCUGCUGUCAAUGGCACAGUUGUGUGAUGAGGUGGACUGGAUCAAAUCGAUCUUGGCUCAUUUGGGCGCACCGGUUGCCACCAAAGAUACCGAAAAAGACGUGACAAGUAGCUUCUUGGUGCACAAUAAUUUGGUGGGGCUCAAUAUGAAGCAUAAGGUCUGUUUGAUUUCAGAUAAAGUUACAUUGGAUGGUUUGAACCCUGUGAAAUUGAAGGGGCAUGCCUUGUCUGAUGCCACCAUGUCUUAUUCUGUGCCAUUUGUAAUGCUACAAAUUUAUGUCAAUCCAGCUCUGCAAUACUUGGUUGAUAUGGCUGUGAUUUGUAUUAUUUUGAGUAAAGAAGACUGUUUGAAUGAAGAUAAAUUAUUUGAAAAAUUCCAUUCAGUAAGAUCCAUAUUUUCCAAGGAAUUUGUGACUUAUUCUGAAGAAGGAACUUCUGAAUUUAGAAAAGCACUGGAUCAUGCUCUAUGGUUUGAUUUGAUUAGAACUGUCCAUAACAUGGACAAUUACCAACUUGGAGAAAAUCUCAAGUUUCAAGAGUUUUUGCUCAAUGCUAUCAAACCUUUUUCAAUAUCUUACUCAGUAAUAUUCAAUAUUUUACAGAAACUUCCUCCAAUUAUUGAUGAAAAAUCGAUUUUACAGAAUGCUCAAAGAAUAUUGGAAGUUACUAUCAAUGAGAGCGAAGCAUUUGUACAUCCAUAUUGUUUGAAUUUAGAUUCUUUGACAAUAUGCCUGAGCAGUUUUUGUAAUUUGGGUGCACUGAAAAGGAUUAGGAGAAAUGACAAAAACAUGUAUGAAAUAAAUUCAGAAAAACUUAAAGAAAGCAGUGAUGUAAUGGGUGCUUACUUCCCAAAAUAUUCAAUAGAAGAGAAUUCUUUAGAAGUCAUGCCAAUUCAAAAUAAAUUGUAACCAUAUAUAAGACUAUUAUUGUGCUAUAUUUUUUUUUUGUAUUUUUUAUAUGUAUAUUUACUUUUGUUGUUGUGUUGUUAGGAGUAUCUCAGUUGUUACCAAAAGUAGAAUAAAAUCUACUCAAAUUC